CGUCAAACCGGAAGUGAGAAGACGUCGCUGCUUGUGUCCGCUCUAUCGUCGGCACCGGCUCGUUUAUCUCCUAGCCCCUCUAUAAAUAGUCCUUUCACAAGGUGGAGAUGGGUGACAUCCGCCAGUCACUUUUGCCCAGAGAUGUCUUAAGUGCAGCCAAAGAGCUGCUCUACCACCUGGACAUCUACAUCAGCAAUCUGCUGCAGUCUGGCCGGCAGCCUCCUCAGGUUGAUACCAAAACUCUGGACCUGGUGGAGGAAUUCAUUCUGCACUCACCCAAGGACAGAAACGCAACAGCACGGAGAAUGAGCGCCCUCCAGGAACUCCAGCUUCUCGAAAUCAUGUGCAGCUGUUUCCAGGAGCAGAGUCGCGAUGCUGUUCGGCAGCUCAUGUUCUCCGCCCUCUUCAACCUCCAAGGGAACCAGGCAGACGAGAGCCGAAUGGGACUGCUGAGCAAGCUGGUUUCCAUGGCGAUCGCUGUAGGCAGAGUUCCCAUCUUGGAAUGCGCCGCCACCUGGUUACAGAGAACCCACCGUGUGUACUGCGUGCGUCUGGCACAGGUACUUGUAGACGACUACUGCAGCAUGUUACCGGGAUCAGUAUCGACCCUACAGAACAUCCACAGCUCAAGUCCCCGGUUCUGCUGCCAGUUUAUCGCUGCAGUUACAACCCUCUAUGACCUCACCUCAGAGGAGCUCACCCCUCCGCUAGAACUACUCCAGAUGAUCGUAUCAUGGAUCCAAGAAGACCCUCACCUGGUCCUGAUCAGCUUCCUGAACACACCCCUCUCCGGCAGCCAGCCUAUCAGCUCCCUCGAUGUCACACCGUUAGGAGGUUUGGUCCGCUGGUGCGUCAAAGCGCCGCUGGUGUAUAAACGAUACAAGAAGCAGGGGUUGACAAACGGGAACGCUGGGAGUGAUCCGCAAGUGGCUCCCUUGUUCUCCGCUCUCCAUCUCAGUGUUCUUCAGGUCUUAAUGUUGCUACCAAAUAUACUGAAUGAUAAAGGCCUCUUUGGUCGCCUUGCGCUACUCCAGUUGGAGUCCUUGGCCUCAUUGACCUCUGACCUCUCCCGACUGUUGGACCAGGCUGAUAAGCACAUUCACACAUCACCGGAUGUUCACCCUCCAUCACAGCUAGCUCUGGAUCGACUGGCCCAGGCUCUGCAGGUGGCCCUGGCCAACGGAGCUCUGCUCUGCUCCAGAGAAGACCUACGCUCCAUCUGCUCCCGCCUCCCACACAACAACCUGCUUCAGUUGGUUCUGUCGGGUCCAGUGAUCUACUAUAACAACAUCCACACUCCUCCUCUGGCCUUCAGUCCACACGCGUCUCAUUCCCCCAUCCCCUCUCACCCCCCCCACACGCCUCACACCCCAUCACACGCCCAGUUUCCUGCCCAAACGUUUAUGACUGGGAUCCCCUUCCCCUACAGACCUGCUCACUGAAGACGUGUCUGUGGAUGUGUGCAUUUUACUGGUUCAGAAGAGUGGUCAAAGUCCGAGGUGAAAAUGU